AGGUUUUCAACAUUUUAAUGUUUUUCUCAAGUUAAUUGGUUUAGAAUCGUAAAAUCGCUUGUUUUCAUUAUUGAUUUAAAUUUGGUUAAAACUAAGUGCCUGUUUCUGAUGAGUGUCUCAAUUUAAGAGUAAUCACCGUGAGAACGUGUAAACCAUUUGAAAACUUUCCCAAAUUGAGAGACUGUUGUCUCGAAUCAAACUGGAUUGAAGAAUAAGAUGGAUUCAGACGGGUCCGGUGCGGACUUCUGUCGUUUUUGCCGUUCAGAGGCGUCAUCUGACCGGCCUCUUUUCCAUCCUUGUAUUUGUACGGGCUCAAUAAAAUGGAUUCAUCAAGAAUGCCUCGUACAAUGGAUGCGAUACUCACGGAAGGAGAUUUGCGAGUUGUGCGGACACCGUUUCUCUUUCAUGCCGAUUUACUCACCUGAUAUGCCACGACGACUGCCUAUCCGCGAUGUCGUCGGUGGCUUAGUGACUUCUGUGGCUUCUGCCGUUAAAGACUGGCUACAUUACACUUUAGUUGCUCUCGCUUGGCUGGGUAUAGUGCCACUCACGGCGUGUCGAACCUACAGGUGCAUGUUUUUGGGCUCAUUAGAUCCGGUGAUUUCUUUACCAUUUGACAUUGUUUCUGCUGAGAAUCUGGCUAAAGACGUUUUUUCCGGUUGUUUUGUUGUAACCUGCACACUAUUUGUUUUUAUUGGUCUGAUUUGGCUACAAGAGCAGAUAAUGCACGGAGGUGGACCUGACUGGAUGGAAAGAGAAGUCUUGCCAGCACCUGCUGCUGAGGAGGUACCUCUACCUGACAAUAAUAAUGACAGGGUGAAUGAUGUAGCAGCAGAUGAAGGUGCAAGGGAUGAAGCUAAUGGUGAAGGAGGUGAAGAUCCACUAGUGGGAGAUGAAGCUAAUUGGAAUCCCAUGGAAUGGGAUCGUGCUGCUGCUGAAGAAAUGACUUGGGCACGUCUGUUGGGGUUGGAUGGAUCAAUGGCAUUCCUGGAACAUGUUUUCUGGGUAGUGUCAUUGAAUACAUUGUUCAUUGUUGUCUUUGCUUUUUGUCCAUACCACAUUGGAAGACUGGGAGCUGUAUUAGCUGGAGUCACAACUGAGGGUCGUUUUGCUGGACCCCUGACAGCACUGGCUGGUUAUGUGAUUGUGGAAGUGAUCUUAGCAGUACUCCAUGGAGCAGCAUCAUUAUUACGACUCAGAAGUGUCAAAAAAGCAUUGGGAUUUUGCUAUGUUGUUGUAAAAGUAGCUCUUCUGUCUGUUGUUGAGAUUGGAGUCAUCCCACUCAUAUGUGGCUGGUGGCUGGACCUAUGUUCUCUGUCCAUGUUUGAUGCAACAUUAAAAGAUCGCGAGUCUAGCCUCCAAGCAGCUCCCUGGACUCUCAUGUUCAUUCACUGGCUCGUCGGAAUGUUCUACAUUUACUACUUUGCAUCAUUCAUUUUGCUUUUGAGAGAGGUGUUAAGACCAGGAGUUUUGUGGUUCCUGAAAAAUUUAAAUGAUCCUGAUUUUAGUCCAGUACAGGAAAUGAUUCACCUGUCUGUAUGGUCGCACAUUCGCCGUUUGAUUGUAUCAGCGAUGAUUUUCGGUACUGCUGUUCUGUUCAUGUUAUGGCUACCAAUACGGGUGAUCAAGUAUGUUUUGCCUGGUUUCCUGCCAUAUGCUGUAGCCGUACACACUGAAGCUCCAGUAAAUGAGCUGAGUCUUGAAUUAUUACUGCUGCAGGUGAGUUUUUCCUCAUUUUUUUUUCCUUUAACAUAUAUAGUAAAACUUACGAUUUCAAUUAUUAUGAUCUAACGUAGUUUUUUCACCUUUGUACAUACUCAUAAAUUUUAUAAACAUUUUAUGUUGACUUUACUAUGACAAAAUUGACUAGAUGCAUCUGUGUGAGUGCAAUACCAAUAUGUUUCUAUAUGAGUGAAAGAGAUUUGUUAUGCCGGGUCAUUGUAUGAAAUUCUCUAUUUGACUACCAUGCUUAAUAAAUAAAUAAAUAUUUAACAACAUCACAUAC